UUAACCAAGUCUUACGAUCCUAAAAUCACAAAUUUCGACAUUGCUCGUGAGUUUAAUGAUAAUUCUAAGCCAAUUUCGGAUCUAAAAAUCUUGCGUUGGAUGGCACCCGAAAAAAUGGAAGGAAAAUCUUAUAAUACGAAAUGUGAAAUUUUCAGUUUUGGAAUGAUGCUGUGGGAACUUUCAUUUGAAAAAUACCCGUACAGUGAAUAUGAUAACUAUAAUGGUCUCGAUAAAAUAAAAAAACAUGUAACAAGUGGCAAAAGAGAGAAACUUGUUUUUGGUAGAGCGAAAGACCAAAAAGAAAAAGAAAUUCAGCAAACAUUGGCGGACAUCAUCAGAUCCGAAGAGUCAGCUAAAAAACAUGUUAAGCCUGGUUCCUUGCCACAAAUAUUUUCUGAUAAAACAUUAGAUUUAGAUGAAAAGUUAUCACCAACUGAGGAAGAAGAGUUUAUGAAAUAUUUAACGAUGGCCGCUGAUAAUGGAUUUCAUGUAGCAUUAUAUAAUUUAGGUAACAUAUACAUAAGUGGACAUUUUAACGUUGAAAUAAAUCAUGAUCUUGGAAUUAGUAAAUUGAAAUUAGCUGCUGCUUAUGGAAAUAAUGAUGCAAAAAAGUUGCUAAAAAAAUUGGGAUAUUGA